UCUUUCUCCCUCCCUCCCUCCAUCUAUCCCCCUCUUCCUCCUCUUCCUCUUGCACCAUGUUUCUCCACUUCCUGGCCCUGGUGUUCCUCCUGGCUCCGGGCAGCGAGGCUUUCUCCACCACCAGAUCCCAGAGAGGCAGAAUCCAGAGGGACCGCAGGAACAUCCGGCCCAACAUCAUCCUCAUCAUCACCGACGACCAGGACGUGGAGCUGGGUUCUCUGCAGGUGAUGAAUAAAACCCGUAAGAUAAUGGAGGAGGGCGGCACGACGUUCACCAACGCCUUCGUCUCCACGCCCAUGUGCUGCCCGUCUCGCUCCUCCAUGCUGACGGGGAAGUACGUGCACAACCACAACACCUACACCAACAACGAGAACUGCUCCUCUCCGUCCUGGCAGGCGCAGCACGAGCCUCGCUCCUUCGCCGUUUACCUCAACAACACCGGAUACCGGACAGGCUUCUUCGGCAAGUACCUGAACGAGUACAACGGCAGCUACAUCCCUCCUGGGUGGCGCGAGUGGGUCGGAUUGAUCAAAAAUUCCCGCUUUUAUAAUUACACCGUGUGUCGGAACGGCUACAAGGAGAAGCACGGUGCCGAUUACGCCAAGGACUACUUCACAGAUCUGAUCACCAACGACAGCACCAACUUCUUCCGCAUGUCGAAGCGGAUGUUCCCCCACCGGCCUGUGAUGAUGGUCGUGAGUCACGCCGCCCCUCAUGGUCCCGAGGAUUCAGCCCCGCAGUACGCCGAGCACUUCCCAAACGCUUCCCAACACAUUACGCCCGCCUACAACUACGCCCCCAACAUGGACAAACACUGGAUCAUGCAGUACACCGGCCCCAUGAGGCCGAUCCACAUGGAGUUCACCAACUUCCUGCACAGAAAGAGGCUGCAGACGCUCAUGUCGGUGGACGACUCCGUGCAGAAGGUGUUUGACAUGCUGGAGGAAACUGGAGAGCUGGACAACACGUACGUCAUCUACACGGCGGACCACGGAUAUCACAUCGGGCAGUUUGGGUUGGUGAAGGGGAAGUCGAUGCCGUACGACUUCGAUAUCCGAGUGCCGUUCUUCCUGAGAGGACCGAACAUCGAGCAGGGCGCCGUGAACCCUCACAUGGUGCUGAACAUCGACCUGGCCCCCACCAUCCUGCACAUCGCCGGCCUCGACCCCCCCGCCGACAUGGAUGGGAAAUCCAUCCUGAAACUGCUGGAGCAGGACCGGACUGGAAACAGAUUCAAAACCAACAAGAAACCCAAAGUCUGGAGGGACACAUUCCUGGUGGAGCGAGGGAAGAUCCUGAGGAAGAAGGAGGACUCGGUGACCCCGCAGAACACCAACAGCCUCCCGAAAUACAAGAAGGUGAUGGAGACGUGUCAGCAGGCAGAGUUUCAGACGCCCUGCCAGCAGCCAGGACAGAAGUGGCACUGUGUGGAGGAGAUCUCUGGGAAGUGGAGGAUCCAGAAGUGUAAAGGAGGGUCUAAGGAGGGCUCCAGGAAGAGGGUCCGCAGCCUGAAGCCCUCCUUCAGGGAGCCUGCCUGCGACUGUGGAGACGCUCUGAUCAAAUCCUCCAGACCUGAGCGCCGUGCACACCGUCAGCUGAGCGGACAGCGUUUCCGGCCUCGUUUCGUUCACACGCGUCAGACUCGCUCUCUGUCGGUGGAGUUUGAAGGUCAAAUCUAUGACAUUGACCUUCAGGCGGACGAUCAGACAGCCGUGAGACGACGAUCCAUCUCCAAACGUCACUAUGACAACGACCCCAAUGACCCCGACGACCCCCACAACCUUGAAAUGCUCCCAGGGUCAGACGGAUCAGAGGAGAUGCUCUCAGACGACACCAACGCUGUGGGGUACAUGACCUCUGUGAAGGUCACACACAAGUGUUACAUGCUGAUGAACGACAGUGUUCACUGUGAGAGAGAAAUCUACCAAUCCCCCCGAGCCUGGAAGGACCACAAGAGCUACGUGGACCAGGAGAUUGAAGCCCUUCAAGACAAAAUCAAAAACCUCCGCGAGGUGAGAGGACACCUGAAGAGGAUCCGACCUGAAGACUGUGACUGUGGGAAGAAGAGCUAUGUUAGCAAAGGAGACAGAAACAAGGCUCAGAGAGUGAAGAGCAGGAAAGAUCAACUCCAUCCCUUUAAGGAAGCGGCGCAAGACAACGACGGGAAUUCUCAGCUUUACAACGAGAUCCGGCGGAAGAAGAAGGAAAGGAAAGUGAAGAAGAGAGCGAAGAAAGGAGACGACUGCAGCCUCCCAGGACUCACCUGCUUCACUCACAACAACGACCACUGGGCCACCGCCCCCCUGUGGACAUUGGGGGGCUUCUGCGCCUGCACCAGCUCCAACAACAACACCUACUGGUGUCUGAGGACCAUCAACGAGACGCACAACACGCUCUUCUGCGAGUUCUCCACCGGAUUCCUGGAGUACUUUGACCUCAACAACGACCCCUACCAGCUGACCAACACGGUGUACACGGUGGAUCGGGACGUCCUGAACUCUCUUCACGCCCACCUGAUGGAGAUGAGGAGCUGUCAGGGACACAAGCAGUGCAACCCCCGCCCAAAAGGACCCGACGCAGCUCUUCAGUUUGGGACGGACACCCGGGUUAAGUUGCCCAACCUGACGGAGGCGGGGGUUUGUUGGCAGGGUUUGGAGGAUCUUUAUCGCCUCAACGAGAGUCUUUUCGAGCGCCGGCCAAACUUCAGCCCCGGCCCCGACGACUGGCUCAACUUCCAGACGGACGUAGACAAUAUGUUUGCACUGCCACGCGUUUUUAAGAAACUCAAACUGGACGACUCCCCGAAUCCAGAGCUAGGAUCCGGAUUCGGGGAGGGGGAGGGCAGCGGAAACGAGUUGGAUUUGGACGUCACCCCCUCCCAAAUCAGCACUCUCGCUGUUAACGAUCUUCCCGAGAAAAUGGCUAACAAAUCGGGCCCAAAAAGAGACGUUCUUCCUCUGAGGACAAAGCAAAUGGAGGAGAUGGAGGGCGAGACGUUCAGUGGCAACGGGAUGACGGAAAUGGAAACGCAUCACGACUCCCUGCUGCGUUUCCAGGAGGAAAGGGAGGAGGAAGACGAGGAGGAGGAAGACAUUUUCCACGCCCAAAACCUCCUCCCUUUCUCCCCAAAAAGCGAGUAUGAGGGCAGCGGCUCUCCGGCGUCCAAUCAGAGUUAACGAGACAUUCAUAGAGACAUGAUUGAUUGACAGACGCCACCUCAGUGUCAGAGUUGUAUAAUGAGUAUUGCAAUUUAUUUUUCUACAGGUGCCUAUUAGGAAAAACAGUGUUAUUCUUUUUUUUUUCAAAUAUAUAUUUAGGAAAGAAAAAGCCUUAAUGCAGCCGAGUGUUAAGAAGUGAUUUGUUCCGUAUGGAUAACACCGCUUUAAUAUAUGUUUUGAUAAAAAACAACGAGUUUGAGUGGUCAAACCAUCUCAGCUUUUUAAAAGGAAAGUUAGCAGCAGCUUCAGGUCAUAAGUCCUCACACCCCUGCAGAGAGAAAUAAUCAAUCUGACCCCAUUUGCACUUUUUUAAAACUCUAAUAAGACAAUAGAAUAAUUCCCAUCUAUUUUAUUCGUCAUUUAAGGAUUUUUUCAUGCCGAAAUGCUGCUUUAAAUCGUCUUAAAGUGAAUAUUUUUAUCAAUAUCCUCUGACAUUUUACAGACCCAAUCCUAAAUACAUUAAUCAUUUAAUCAAGAUAUUUUUAAGAUGAAUUGAUAAUAAAAAUGAGAGAUGCAGCUCCUAUUUGUAUAGAUUAUUUCUAUAGGGUUAGGGUUAGAUACAACUAGAUUAAAACAUGUGGGGAAAGUCAUAUCUCUGUUUCACAAAUAAUUAUAGACAUGUAUUUAAAAUGUGCUUUUGUUUCAGUAACUGUGGACAUUCACAGGACAGGUAAUACAUGAUUUGAACGCUGGGAUUUGCACGUAAAGUAAAAUAAUCCUCACCGGGUGUUAAUGUUCAUUCUGUCACUUUCUGUUGUAAAUGUCACAUUUUCCUCACGUGGUGUUUUCUGUAAAAACGAAAAGAUUGUACCUACAGUCCUUAAAGUGAAAUGUGGUUAAAGACGACGGCUUUAUUCACUUCCUGUCUGUCCUUCAUCUCGACCGUUAGAAAUGUGUAAAAAGCUGCUGCUGUGCUUCUCUGUAACUUUCAGGACAGAAGCUGUUCAGAAAUAAACGUUUCAACCUC